GCCACUUGCAGACUUGCUGCGCACCCUGACCUCAGUGUUUUCUCCCUGCUUGCCUUGCAUCUCUCUCUUUGCAACCGAAUCCACAUCCAUGGCAGCCAUCAUCAGCAAGGAGGAGCCUCUCCAGCUGAAACAAGGGAGCAAAGUCUCCUCCAAGCUCUUCUCCAGGGAGAGCUCCGCCGCCGCACCGUCCUUCCGGGUGUACUACGGCGUCGCCUCGGCGGGGUCCGUGCCCUUCCUGUGGGAGUCGCAGCCGGGCACGCCCAAGAACGCCAUAUCCACGGCCACCCUGCCUCCCCUCACGCCGCCGCCGUCCUACUACACCGCCAAGCAGGCCAGCACCAAAAAGUCCUCCACCAUCACCGCCACCACCGGCAAGAAGCAGUCCAAGCACAGCAUCUUCAGCUCCAUCCUGUCCAAGAUAAUCCUGCACAGACGAUCCAGGUCGUCGUCGAGCUCGUCGCCCUCCUCCUCCUCCUGCUCCUCCUCGUCGUGGUCUUCGGCGUCGUUCCACGGCGCGCAGUCGCCUGCCUGCUCGUCGAUGAGGAGCCGGGUGCACGCGUUCUCGGUCGGGGACGACAGCGAGGAGGAGCAGGAGACGCCGACGUGCUUCAGCGUGCGGCACGAGAGCUUCAGGGCGUUCAUGGGCUGCCGCGUCGCCAUGACGGUGAGGAACGCGCUGGCAUCCGUCGGCAGCCAUGGGUCCACUGCUGCAGCUGCCACUGCAGCACCAAGGGUUUAAUACUUUCAUUAACCUCAUCAUGCUCACGGUGCAUCAUGCAUGUUACUGCUGCUUGGAGAACUGGAGUUUACUCUGCAAGUUUUUAACAGUGUGCCUUGUCUUUUCAUGGAGUAAUGUUGAAGUCUCAAGAGGAGCUUACAAAGUAUUAUGAUGGAUUAAGUUCGUAACAGUGUGUAAAUUAAAAAUAAUAAUGUAAUGAGCAUAGCAUGGGCUAUGUAGUAUUAUUAGACCCCCUUGCAAAUCAUGUGUAGUGUGUAUGGACCGCUUUUGCUUCCUGGAACUGAUUGCCUGCUUGGUCAGUAAC